AAACAUUAGUAUGGUGUUUUUUUCUAUAAUUCUUCUAAUUUUGAUACAGCAUGUAUAUGAGUUAUAAAAAAUGACAGGAUUGUCAGUAAAGUAAGUGAAAACGGAUUUAAUAGAGGCUAACUUUAAAUAUAAUUAUGGAACCCAAACCGUCCCCGCCUAAACAACAAUUUGGUACUCUUAAUGUGAAUAUGAUUAAUGAAGCUAUAAAAGCUCUAAAUGAACGAAAGGGUUCAUCUCUAAUUGCUAUUAAAAAAUAUAUACUAGCUAAUCAUAACGUAAAUCCGGUAACAGCUUCUAAGCACAUCAAGAAACACAUUAUAGCCAGUGUCACAAAUGGUGACCUUAUACAAAAAAGUGGGCGCGGUGCAACGGGUUCUUUUAAGUUACCACCCAAAGGACCAAAAACUAAAGAAAAUGCCGAGAAAGAUAAACCUAAAAAGGAACCUAAAAAAAAAGCUGCUGAUAAAGAUAACAGCGAAAAUAAUAAUGAUAAUAAUACUGGAAAAAAUGAUAAAAAAAACAAGAAAAAGCCAAAAACUGAAACAAAGGAAGCAAAGGAAACAAAGGGAACAAAGGAAGCAAAGGAAACAAAGAAAGUAAAGAAGGCUAAGGCCGAUGAUAAAAAAGAAGAAAAAGAACCGUCCAAAGAGAAUAAAAAGGAUAAAACAAAGAAAACAAAAGAAAAACCUGAAAAAACAGUGAAUCAAGAAGAUUCAGAAAAACCAGAAAAGAAAAGGCCACGUAAAAAUACCGAGGAGGAAGCGUCUCAGGAGGAGGAUUCGGAAAUCAAAGAAACUAAAAAGCCUAAAGGAAAAAAAACUAAGGAAACGAAAACAGGAGUUGAAAAAGAACCUCUUCCAAACUCACCAAACAAAAAAAAGCCAGUUAAAAAAGUUACUACCAAAAAGGCUGCCAUGGCUAAUGAUGACAACAAGAAAGCUUCAAAGUCGAAAAAGAAACCUGAAGUAGAUGUUACAGAGGAAGAUAAUAGUGAAGAAGAUUAUUCAAAUUAGUGUUUAAAUAAUUAAAAUAUGACACUUAUAUGUGAUAUAUAUUUGUGUGUAUUUGUAUAAAAUUACUGUGUUGUAGAUAUUUAUACUCUUAAAAUAUAUGACAAAUAUUUACUAUUAUACAA